UCGGCCGUGAGGAGGAGGAAGAAGAAGAAGAAACGAAGAAGAAGAAGAAGAAGAUCAUCCACCAUGUUUUCCUUCAACAUGUUCGACCACCCCAUCCCCCGGGUCUUCCAGAACCGCUUCUCCACGCAGUACCGCUGCUUCUCCGUGUCCAUGCUGGCCGGCCCCAACGACAGGUCAGAUGUGGAGAAAGGCGGGAAGAUCAUCAUGCCGCCGUCGGCCUUGGACCAGCUCAGCCGGCUGAACAUCACGUACCCCAUGCUGUUCAAGCUGACCAAUAAGAACUCGGACCGGCUGACUCACUGUGGCGUGCUGGAGUUCGUGGCCGACGAGGGGAUCUGUUACCUCCCGCACUGGGUAGGCUGUCGGGUGACCGGGGGCACGGGGCCUGCCCAGGGGACCGCAGCAAGGGGCCGGUCCCGGAUGACUGAUGCUGCCCGGGGGAGGCCUCUGCCCCCGCCCCCUCCGCCCCCCGCCCCUACCCUGAGGCCGCGUCCCCCCCCGCAGAUGAUGCAGAACCUGCUCCUGGAAGAGGGAGGCUUGGUGCAGGUGGAGAGCGUCAAUCUGCAGGUGGCCACUUACUCCAAGUUCCAGCCCCAGAGCCCCGACUUCCUGGACAUCACCAACCCCAAAGCCGUGCUGGAGAACGCCCUGAGAAACUUUGCCUGCUUGACCACAGGAGAUGUGAUCGCCAUCAACUACAAUGAGAAGAUCUACGAGCUGCGGGUCAUGGAGACCAAACCGGACAAGGCCGUGUCCAUCAUCGAGUGUGACAUGAACGUCGAUUUCGACGCCCCCUUGGGCUACAAAGAGCCCGAAAGGCAGACUCAGCCCGAGGAGAUUACGGACGUCGAAGGUGACCACAGCGGCUACGUGGGCGACAUUGGAUUUAGAGCAUUCUCUGGCUCCGGGAACCGGCUGGAUGGAAAGAAGAAAGGCGUCGAGCCUCGCCCCUCGCCCAUGAAGCCCGGAGACAUCCGGAGGGGAAUUCCCAAUUACGACUUCCGCCUGGGCCGGAUCACCUUCAUUCGGAAUUCAAGACCCCUGGCCAAGAAGGUGGGAGAGGAUGACGCUGGAGGCCGCUUCAUCGCCUUCUCCGGGGAGGGUCAAUCCCUGCGCAAGAAGGGGAGGAAGCCGUAGCCCGGCCGCCGGCCAAUAAAUCGUCUCGUGCAACGCCA